AUUGCGACGUGAGCGCGCGGUUCCCAUGGCGACGCGGCCUGCGGCUGCAGCGGGGCGCUACUGCGAAAUAAGGAAAACACAAACAAGAAAGUAUCUGGAAGGGAGCCGGCAACUUGGUCAUUUCCUUCUCGCCUUCAUAGUAACUUAAGCGAAAAAGAAAUGGACGCCACUAAGAAGCCACUGAGGAUUUCCCCAGAGUUCGGCGUUUAUGCAGAGAAACACGGAGUGUUCCAGUCACUGCAGAGAAUGAUGCAGUGCCUGCUGGUAGAUAGACCACAGGAUCCCAUACAGUAUAUGAUAGACCAUUUUAAAACAGAAAAUGAUGAAGUUCCCCGGAUUUUUCUGCUGGGCCCUCCUGUUUCAGGGAAACAUUCUAUCGCCAAGAUGCUGUGUGACCAGAUAACCACAAACCUCCUCACUUUGGAUGAUAUGCUGACAGAUGUAAUAUCAGAGUCUGCUGAAGAAAUUCGGAUAUUAAAAGCCAAAUCUCGGGAUAUUCCCAAUACACUCUGGGCAAAGCUGAUCCUAGAACGGCUGUCAAAAACGGACUGCAUCAAACGGGGCUGGGUGCUGGUGGGUUUCCCCCAAACGCGGGAACAGGCAAGAGCAAUACAAGAAAUAGGAAUUGCACCAGAACAUGUUGUUGUACUCGAUGCCCCUGAUACUGUGCUGAUUGAGAGAAAUCUGGGGAAAAGGAUUGACCCAGACACCAAUGAAAUAUAUCAUACAAUUUUUAACUGGCCAACAUCAACCAAGAUACAAAAUCGGUUAGAGAAACCUGCUGGGAUAACUGAGGAAGAGACUGUGAAAAGAUUAUUGGCAUACCGCCAAGUCGGUCAUGGGGUAUUGAACAGCUACAGUAAAAAACACCAAAUCAUUAAUGCUGAUCAGCCUAGUGUUGAUGUCCUUUCACAGGUUCUGAGCCAUGUCCAAAGCCGUCAUCGAACUGUCGCCCCCUUCACUCCAAGAAUCAUUCUCCAUGGACCCCCUGGCAGUGGCAGAAGCCUGCAGGCAGCAUUGAUUGCAGAAAAAUACAGGAUUGUUAAUAUUUCCUGUGGACAGUUACUAAGGGAGGCUGUCGCUACUGAGACAAGAUUUGGCGAAACCAUUAAACCCUAUGUUGAAAGUAGGCAGCCAGUUCCAGAUGCUAUGGUCAUGAAAUGUAUGUCUCAAAGGCUAAGUAAACUGGAUUGUUCCACGCUGGGUUGGGUGAUGCAUGGAUUUCCUCAUCAUGCGGUGCAAGCAGAGAUGUUAAAAGAUGCAGGAUUCUUAUCAAACAGGGUCUUUUUUAUGGAGCUUCCUGAUGAUGCUGUCGUAGAACGUCUUUCAAUGAGAAUGGUUGAUCCAACCACUGGCAAAAGAUAUCAUUCCAUCUACAAACCAGCACCAAACAGUCAGGUUUACAGUCGUUGUAAAAUAAAUCCUAAGGAUUUUGAGGAAAAUGUGCAGAAAGAACUGGAAGAUUAUCGUACCAACAUUUCUGAGUUGGAGCAAUUCUACAGACCUGUCAUACGUGUCAACGCAGACCAAGAUCCUCACACGGUGUUCGAGUACAUUGAGAGCUGUAUUGUCAAACCUUUGCCAAAGCAACCAAAUGCCUUUAUUUGAAUAUUUUGAAGAAAGCAACUGUGUGAUGUCUGUACAACAGUUUGUAUCCAACAUUUUAAGACAUCACUGAAAGUCAUUUAUUUAACGCUAAAAUGACCUACCCUAAAACAUACAUUGCUUCCAAAUAAUCCAUCAGAUAUUAUCCUACAAUAAAUUCUCACAGCUUACAUGUAUAUCCUUGGAAAUUACAGUCCAUAGGGAUGAUUGUGAUAAACACGUCCUUGGGUCUAUUUCUCUCUGUUCAUUAUUAACAUUAUGUAUUUUUGCUUCAGGAUCUUACAUGUUUCUACACCAUAAAAAUAUCAGUCAGGAUUGUAAUACUCUGCAUCCUGAUUUCCAUGCAUAAAAACACUUCCAGAACCACAUACCAAACCAGUAUGCUCUUGAUUGGAAGGGAAUUAUAUUAGUGUCAAACAAGUCCAACCAUGAUGAAUUCAAGACUUUGGUACCCUUGUGCCUGAACCGGAAAAUGUGCUUUCACUGGCUACUGAAUCUUACACAUGAUUUUACUUUCAAUAUUUAUUAUUUUGCUUCACUAACUCUACUGGGAUACUUACAUAACAAUGUGACCUAAGGGUAGAGCGUAUCAAAGAAAUAGGAAAUAAAUGACAUUUAUUUAUUAGUCAUUUAAAUAUAUGCUGGCUUUAUUGAUGAAGCUGCUGCCAUCACUGACACUGCUGCGUCAACUGAUGAUAAAAAGCAUUAAGCACAUAUACCAAUUAUGCAAUAUGCUAUUCUCUUAAUAGAUCUUUGUAGUAAAGCUGCUUUUUCCAGUCUCCAUUUUUCUUCACUUUGGCGAGUACACAGAUGAAUGCAAACAAGAAACUGGGCUCCCUCCGACUGCUCCUUUCUAUGUUGUACAAGCAGACUCAGGUCAGUCAGUGACCUUCUGGGAUCCACUGGGAGAAUGCACUGAGAACAAGCAUUGAGCCGUGUGGCAGCAGAACAAGUUAAUACUCUUGUUUAACGAUCCCUUGGAAAUGGAGAACAACAGAGAUUGCUCUUCGUUAUAACUAUGUACCAAGUCAGCCUAAUUAUAGUUCUGGGUAUUAAAGGCAGACAAUCUUUGGCAAUGCUUUAUUUUUGAUGCAGUUGUGCUUUCCUCUGCACAGAAAGGUAAUUAAUGAUGGUAAUUAAUACACAGGGGUAUUUUUAGACUCUUGUAAAUGUUACUUUAUGUUCCAAAUACCAAUCUAAAAUUAAAACCCAAAUCAAACUACAUUUUAGGAGGUCCUCAAGAGGUUAACAAUGUCUGACUUUACCGAGCAGGCUGAUUGUGUGCAUGAACAGAGACCUCUCCCGAGGAGGAUUGCACAAUCCACCUGGUCCUUUAAAUAUAAGAUAUAAUAAACCAGGUUUUCUUGUGAAAACAAACCACAACUUGCACUUUUCUUCUAUAUACUUCCCUCUUAUCAUUGUACGUAUUCUCUCUAGGUGAUGCAUUGUAUAGUCUCCACUGCAUGGAUGCUUGUUAGGGAUAGUACUGCAGGCCAUAUUUCUGAGAAAUGAACGAUUAAUUUUUUUCCAAUUUACAAGAGCAUUGUUGUUAAAAUUCAAUAGCAGAAAUUCCCAGGUAGUGAACAGCUAGUUCAGAAUAAUUACAUUCACAGUGAAGAUCUCUACUGCACGAACAAUAUUAAUGUCAACAGGAGUUUUAAAAGGGCAAUUACGGUAAACCUUUACAGUGUUGUUGUCAGUCAUUCAUCCUAUUUAAAUGUGUGGUAUCUGUAUGAAUUACAGGAAAAUGUAUUUGCCCACAACAAUUUUUGUUGGUCUAAUAAAAUGCUCUAAUUAA